AUGCCACUACUCUACGGUGAAGGCCCCAGAGCAUUUCUCCGUCUCCAAGAGCAGAUUAUGAUGAAUUCAGAUGACCAGUCUAUAUUGGCCUGGAACUUUGAGGGAUUCAAAACAGAACAAGCUGGUGGUAAUGGCGACCACUGGCUUUGGAUUACCACCUGCCAGGACAAGUACGCGCCGGCCAGCGUGGUGGCCCUGCCUCUGAGUUUGACGAGGGAAGGAUUCUACGUGCGGGCUUUGCUUCCUCUGAAACUCGUCGACUAUCAGCUUCUGGUGAAAACUCGGCCAACAGAACUCUACGCUCUCAAAAACGGGGAGUAUAUCAUGCGGCAGGAGACGAACACAGGAUACACCGUUACACUACGAGGUCUGCCCAAAGAUUUUGAGGUCCUACACCGAUGGAGUCAAAAUAGCAGCUUAGGGCCAUAUUCACAAAUCAUUCUAGAGAACGACGAUCCGGCCGGCAAGUCGACAGCAGGUGCCCUUCUGCUGGGCAGCCGCUUCUUCGGCACAACAAGACUUGUUCUCUUCGUCGUAUUAAGAAGAUUGCUCAAACUCGAGGAACGGGAAGUCGAUCGUGGGUUGAAGGAUCAGGCUUCAAGCCGUCUAGAGACCCAACGGCAGCGAGAUAUCAAUGAUAACAAUGCCGAAGGUCUGCGCAGAAUGUUGGGAAUAGCAGAUCAAUUUAAGCAAAAGGUCUCCACGGCAGAUGGCACUUACAACGCCAAGGCGAUUGAGUGGUAUCAGAAUCUUCUCACGGAACACUGCAUUAUUGUUCCAAAACCAUACGCCAGGAUACAGUAG